AUGACUAGAACUGUUCGCACUUAUUCUAACUCAUCCGACGAGCCUCGCUAUUUUGCUAAGGCGGGCCACUCUGACCAAAACCCCAAUUCAGUGAAGAAGAACGGUCAUGGUCGUUGCAAUUGGGGUGCUCCUGGGGAUGAGGUUGAAGAUGUUGCACUUUCUGGAGAAUUUAACUUUUCCAAUGCCCGUCGUCGCUCUAAUUCUAUGUCACGUUCUCAACAAGCCAAAGAAAUUAGGCCGCCACAGUUUGAGUCUACAAUGGCAGAAGAAGAAGAAGAACUAGAGGCUUUCAUUGAAGCUUCGAAAAAUACGGAUGAAGCCCAGUCCACGACUUUGGUUUCGAGCCCAAACAAAAAAUCUUUGGAAGAGGAAUCUUUUGAAGAGGAAUGA